GCGGGGUCCCAGUGCCGUCAUGGCGUCUGUGCGCGCGCCGCCCCGCCGCCACCUCCACCGCGAUGGGAGCGCUGCACGUACCUCCCUGCAAGGAUCCCGUAAUGUAAAGUCAUCAGAUGGAGUGGGAAGUUUGCUGUCUUCUGAAGCAUGCCAAGGGAUUAGGAAACAGAAGAGUGAGAUAAAUCUGAGCAGUGAAAAGAGUGCACCCACCCCAGUAACUGCAAGGAGACUCGCAUCUCUUGGAUCAACACCGGCUAAUGGGAUUGCGAAGACUAAAAAAGAUCUUAUGCUUAUGAAAGAGAAAAAGAAACAGAAGGCACUGGAGAAGGAGAUUCGUGCAUUAGUGAGAGAACGUGGAGAGCAGGAUAAGAAGCGUCAGGCUCUGGAAGAAGAUCUUGUUAAGACUGAAGCAAAGCUGAGUGCUGCAGUUCAGGAGAAAACCUCUCUUUCAGCAAAUGUUGCAUGCCUGAAAAAACAGCUUCUGGAGUUAACAAGAAGCAAUGAACUACUAAAGUCAAAGCUGUCUGAUGAUGGAGUGCAGAAGAAAAUGAGCAGCCUGUGCAUGGAGUUAAUGAAGCUCAGAAACAUGAGAGAUGCUAAGGAAAAGACUGCACUGGCAAAGCAGGAAGACAUGGAAAUGAAGCUUCAGGAAGUGCAAAGGAAUCUAGAGCAUUCAAAAGGAAAAGUAGCACAGUUACAAGAAAAAUUGUCUGCUACUGAAAGAGAGAAAGUUGAAGAAAAGUCUGACACUGAAAAACUCCUGGAAUAUGUUACAGAGCUCAGUAAUGUUGCAGAAACAGCUGAGAAAUACAAACUAGAAGUUGCCCAGAUGGAGGAGACACUGAGUAAGAAAGACCAAGAUAUUGAGAUCCUGAGGAAUACCCUCAAAGCAAAAGAGGAAGAGUCAUCUAAACUGAUGAAAGAACUUAAUGAGAGGUGUCAGUUGCUUCAACAAGAUAAAGAGAAAGAGUUGUCUGAGGCCAAAGGACACUUGCUGAGUAUGAAUGCUGAAAUAGAAGACCUGAAAAAAAAAAAUUAUUUGGUGGAACAAGAGCACCAAAAACUGCUUCAGAAACAUGAGGAGGUCAUCUCUCAGCUGCAGCAAGAGAAGGACUUAUCUGCAUCAAUGCAGCAGAAGUUACUGGAGUUUGAAGAUGAAGUAACAAGUGAGAGACAUCUUCUGGAAGAAGAGCUGAAUGAUACCAUGAAGGAGCUGAAUAAAUUGCAUGUGAAGGAGAAGAAAGCUGAAAAGUUGGUGAAGCGACUGGAACAAGAAAUCAAAUCUCAAGGUCUUGAACUCACACAGAUGGAGGAAGAAUUGAAAGGGAAGAAUGUGGAGUUGGAGCAAAUCAAGGCAAUGCAUAGCAGUGCUGUAUUGAAAAUCCAAGAAGAGCACAGCAAUACACUGGAGAAACUUGGAAAGACUAUUGCUGCCUUUGAAAGCUAUAAGAAAACAUCAGAUGAAGAAAUUUGCAGUUUUAAACUGGAGAAUGCCUCUCUGCGAGAAGAAGUCGCCAACCUAAAAAAAGUAGGCCAAGAGAAUCUGCAGUUGCUUCAAGAAGCAGAACACACUAAAAACAAAGCAAAUGAAGAAUGUGCAAGGAUGCUUUUAGAAGUCCAGACCAAGCUUGCACUAAAAGAAGUAGAAACAGAGAGAACAAAAGAGUCUUGCCUUGCACAAAUGAAUAAACUUCAGGAAAAACUUGAGGAGCAAACUCAAGAUCUGAAAAGAGAACUUGAAGCAGAAAGAUCAAGGAAAACCAUAAGUGAAGAUGUGACCUCUAGCUUAAAGAAAGAGAUCAAGACCUGGCGUAAACUGUAUGAAGAUUUACAUAACAAAGUUAAGCCUUUUCAGCAACAACUAGAUGCUUUUGAAGCAGAGAAGAAUGCACUCCUGGAGGAGCACGGGGUAGCCCAAGAAGAACUGAAUAAACUGAGUGAUGCAUACGCUAAACUACUUGGUCACCAGAACAUGAAGCAAAAAAUCAAGCAUGUUAUGAAGCUCAAGGAAGACAAUACCCACCUGAAGCAGGAUGUCUCAAAACUGCGUGCAUUACUAGCCAAGGAAAAGCAAACCAGCAGACAUCUUCAGGAGCAGCUAUGUGCAGUACAGGGCAUUAAGCGUUUUGAUCCUUCCAAAGCUUUCCAGCAUGAUAGCAAGGAAAAUAUUCCUCCAAAAACACCUUUAAAAGAAGGUCAUAAAAACAAAAUUUGAAAUCUUCUUGGUAUUAAGAAAAUAAAUCACCCAUAAAUUUGUGUGCUACUGGAGACUUCAACAGACUGCUUCUUCAAGGUGAACUUGAAUGCUGUAUAUAAUACAAAUCAGUAGAAGCCCUAGAGAAAUGAUCUAAAACUAUAUAUUUUUAGAAAAACUAUAUUUUACUGGGAAGCAACAGAUGACAGCACAAUCCUAACUCCUGGUAACAUCAUUACAGGCAUGAACUCUGAAAAGUGUUUACUGUUGCAUGUUUUGGAUAUGCUGAGGCUGCUUAAUUAGUUUUAAACAGAGCAUUUUAAAUUUGGAAAAGGAGAAUGAGCACUGGAGAAUAGAUUACAAAUGAAAUCAGAUCUCAUGUAAGUUGGGUUUUUUUGAGUUUUCUUUGUUUAUUUUUUUUGUUUUUAUGUGCUUUUUGAUGUUUGUAUUUUUCCCAUCUAUCCCAUGUAUACAAUUCCAUGUUAAAUUAAUUUUAUUGUUUGUAGUUGCUUUGGUACCAAUGGCAGCAAUACUGCCAAGAGAUCCUUUUACUUCUGUGGCAUACACACCAUGGAACCAGUGUAGAAAUGUGACUGUACACUUAAUUUUAAUAUUCUACAGGAUCUAUAUUCAGUAUAUGCAAAUUUAAAUCCUGGGGCUAGGUGUUGCAGCUGUUGAUCUUCAGAAGAAUAUUUUUAGGUCAAAGUCAAAUUGACUGCACUUAUCAAAACAUUUGUGCACUGUGACUAAGAUUAGUGUCUUAAGAGCAAUGCUGUGUCCAGUGGACUCUUCAACUGCCACAAAAUCUUUGUAGCCAGCCAUUGUAAGUGAUCAGUGCUACAGUGACAGGAAAUAACAACAGAACUUCUCUCACUUGGGUGGGAGGACACGUUCAGAAUUCACAUGCAUUGUACAGACUGGCACUUUUGUAAGGGGGAAAAUCUGUUAAACUGCAUUUAAAAUUAAG